UGCUUAAUUUAUGUCUUGACGAAUCCAAGUUUGGUGGAGGUGUUCAGUCAUCUGUCGUUGUCAUCCAACUCUCGCCUUCAUCAGCUUUGCUUAGAUUUCCUUAAGCCCAUAAGGACAAGGCCAGCUCCGAUGGAGAAGCCAAGUAACUCGUCGACGGCUACCACGGAAGAGAGCAGUUGGGCCUCUUACAUCGCCGACUUCGUCGCAACGCAACAGGCGGAAGAAUCCAUGCGGGCUUCCAAGAAGCUUAUCCCUAAGAGGAGGAAGACAGCCGCGGAGGACGACGACCCCUUGGAGGACACUGCAACGUCUCCUGUCAAAACUCGUAGAGUCGGUGUCUCCGACCAGUCGCACAUGAAGCCAGGGAAGAGGAAGCAGACCGAGGUCGAUGAUGUCGGCUUUGUGAGGUCUGAAGAACUGAGCAAGGACGCUGAUGACGUGAACUCGGCUAGGAGUUCAUGUGGGCGUACAGAUCUGAGGAAGAAGGGCCUCUGCUUGGUCCCUUUGUCCAUGGUGAUGCACUAUCUCGAGUAGCUUGUACACAAAGUUAGCUCACCAAAAGGAAAAUCCCAUUUCAGCAUUAA